CUAUGAGAACACAUUCCAGGCAGAGCAGAGACCCUGUAGCGGGACAAUAAGGGGUGGGACAAAAGCUGUAUACUAUUUAAACAUCUGUAAUCUUGCCUUUUAGAUCAGGACUAUAGACAACAACAAAAAAAAAACUUUUAAUGGGAGAGGACUGAACAGAGAGAGUUCAACUUGUGAGCUUCUCAAAGAGGAAAGAGUCCAAACGGAGGACGGGGUUGUCUUUUUAUCAGCGGAGAUUUGGCCCGAGAUGAGAUAGCAGUCUGCUGUUUGUCGUCCUGCCAGGAUACAGCUGCAAGCUCUUUUCUGUUUUUGUUUCACUUCUUCCACUAGUUGUUCAAAGACUGUUUUCAUUUUUGUAGCAAACUAGAGAAAAGGUUUGGUCGUCACCACGAAGCAGGAAGGAUGUGAACAUCUGCAAUUGAGCCGUUUAGACAACAAAGUAUUUUACUCCACUCUUGAAAAAUGGAGGUGGCUAUAUUUUAAAUUCUGCUUUUUUUUUUUUUACUUGAAAUCCUUUUGCCACGGAGGGACACUUCAAACUACCUUUGCUAUGGGAGACGUGCGGCGUUUGCGUCUGUCAAGUUAAAAAAAAAAGCGAGUAAAAAAACAGAGAUGGGAAGCUCUGCUCUGCUCACAGUGGUGCUAGUUGGGGCGCUUCUGUGGAUCUCUGCUGUCCACGCAGAUUCCCAAGACGAUGGGAAGUUGCUGUGUACAUGCGAGAACGAAAAAGGCACCUGCGUGAAUGGAACUUGCAGAGGAAUCGUCUGCUUCUAUUCGUGGGUUGACGGCAAUGAGGAGAGGGGCUGUUUCACAGAUCACAUCAUGGAGCAUUGCUCCUCCUCCUUUGAGCGCGUCUAUAUCGCCUGCUGCAGAGAGAAUCAGUGCAACGCCCUCGCCACACCACCUCCAAACAUUAUGCCGACAACAACGCCCCCAGACCUCAGUCGUCCAGAGCUGUGGAUCACGUUGUCUUUGCUGCUAUUAAUCACAACUGCCAGCGUGUGUGGCAUAGUGCUGUUCCUGCGCUUCCGACAUGCACAUGGCAGACUGAGAAAUGUUGAAGACCAUGAUGUCACCAUGCUCAAGGUCCCUAAUGGAGAUGACCCCACAUACGGCGAUAUCUUUGAUGAGUUUUGUACAUCAGGGAGCGGGACAGGGCUGCCCUAUCUGGUCCAAAGGACUAUGGCCAGACAAAUCUCACUUGUCCAGUGUGUCGGUAAAGGCAGGUAUGGGGAGGUGUGGAGAGGAACUUGGAUGGGGGAGAGUGUGGCUGUCAAGAUCUUUUCCUCCAGGGACGAGCAGUCCUGGUUCAGAGAGACGGAGAUCUACAAUACUGUACAGCUGCGACAUGACAACAUAUUGGGUUUCAUAGCCUCUGACAUGACAUCCAAGAAUUCCAGCACCCAGCUGUGGCUCGUCACCCACUUUCAUGAGCUAGGUUCGCUCUACGACUUCCUGCAGUACAGCAGCCUGGAGCCUGAGAGCUGUCUGAGGAUGUGCCUGUCUGUGGCCUGUGGCCUGGUCCACCUUCACACUGAGAUCGUCAGCUCCCAGGAAAAGCCGGCUAUCGCCCACCGAGACCUGAAAAGCCGAAACAUUCUGGUAAAGCGUAACGGACAGUGCUGCAUCGCUGACCUAGGUUUGGCUGUGAUACACUCUCAGUCCCAUGACUACCUUGAUGUGGGCACCAACCCUCGCGUGGGGACAAAGCGCUACAUGGCCCCUGAAGUGCUGGAUGAGACUAUUCGUAUGGAUGUCUUUGAGUCCUACAAGCAAACUGACAUCUGGGCCUUGGGCCUGGUUUUCUGGGAAAUUACCCGCAGGACCAAUGUCAAUGGGAUCGUGGAGGAGUACCGCCCUCCCUUCUUUGACCUGGUGCCCGUAGAUCCCAGCUUUGAGGAGAUGAAGAAGGUGGUGUGUGUGGACCAGCAGAGGCCCAGCCUGCACAACAGGCUCCAUUCCCACCCUAUCCUGACGGCCAUUGUGAAGAUCAUGAAGGAGUGUUGGUACCAGAGCCCACCAGCCCGCCUCACUGCCCUGCGGGUGAGGAAGACGCUCUCCAAACUGGACCAAGACAGUGACUUCAGCAUUGAGAAACUCAAGCGGGACAUCUAGACCAGAGCGCCGGGAUGAAACGGGGACAAAAGACUGAAAACGCCAGAAGGGAUUAUACACCACAUUCCCACAGCACGAGGUGCAUAUCAUUAGCAUGUUUUGAGCUAAUGACUCACACAGUCACUGCAUUAUAUUAGAACCAUAUGACUUUGAGCAGUAGUGUCUAGACUGCCUCCCAAGGCUAUUUUUUUUUUCAUAGCCUAAUUUUUAUCCGGUGCCUCAAACCAAAAGGUCUCGCCAUAAAAAUGAUCAAAGUUUAUUUUUAUGUUCAGUUAAUAAAAGUAAUUUCCAAAGCAGAAUAAUUUCGCAGAACAAUUCAUAGGCUGUUCUGCAAAAACAGGGUUGUAUUCAUAAAUGUCUUAAUCGCCCAUCAACAAAACGGAAAGGAAAAGCUGGCAUAACACCAUUACUCAUCAUCUUGUCGAGAAGAGGAGGAGCAUGCCAUGCUAGACUUCCUCUGAAUUAUAGUAAAAUUGCACAAUGGGUUUUCCCAACCACAGAAAACGCAGAUGCCUUAGUGUUUUUUUUGUGCUAUGAAUACAGGAAAUAUGUAAGUAAUAACAUGCUCAUACCAAAGCACAUUACCUGUUAUGUAAGCAUAUUUAACUUAUAUAAAAUGAGCAUUUAUUAUCCGCACACAGGCACAUUGAGCUAUUUAGUUGUACAUAUUCUAACAGCAUUGAAGCUGUUGUCUUGUAUCACCAUUGGGUUUAUUGUAAAUAUAUUUUAAAAGGGGUAUUAUUUUCUAUUAUUCAACAAUGAGACACAUUUUAUAUACUUUUUUACGACACAUUUUCAAAGUAUUUUUUUUUUUUUACAUUUCUGUAGGCCAAUAACGUACCAUCACCAUUACUAUGGUAGGACUUCACAGACAGACAUGUAAUGUUGUAUAUGUUGAAUAAAGGAUUGUAUUUUUCAACA